GCGUCCCCCGUACGUGCCUCAGUGACGCCCCACGCUUUCUCUACCAUGCGACGCGUCAUGUCCGAGGAAAGAUGGCGGAAGGCGGAGCGGCUGAUCUGGAUACCCAGAGAGGAGAGAUUGCGGCGCUGCUGAAAACACAGUUACGGAAGGGAGACACUUGGUAUCUUGUGGAUAGUCGCUGGUUCAAACAGUGGAAGAAAUAUGUGGGAUUCGACAGCUGGGAUAAGUACCAGAUGGGAGAUCAGAAUGUCUACCCAGGACCGGUGGACAACUCCGGUCUCCUCAAAGAUGGGGACGUGCUGGCAAUCAAGGAGCACCUCAUCGACGAACUCGACUACAUCCUGGUCCCAACGGAGGGCUGGAACAAGCUUGUCAGCUGGUACGGGCUGACAGAAGGCCAGGAGCCAAUCUCCCGCAAGGUGGUGGAACAGGGUAUGUUCGUGAAGCACUGCAAAGUGGAGGUGUACUUGACAGAGCUGAAGCUUUGUGAAGACAGCAACAUGGACAACGUGAUCACCAGACGUUUCAGUAAAGCCGACACAAUAGACAUGAUAGAGAAGGAGAUGCGGAAACUGUUCAGCAUCCCUGAUGAGAAGGAGACGAGGCUGUGGAACAGGUACAUGAGCAACACCUUCGAGCCGCUCAACAAGCCUGACAGCACCAUCCAAGACGCCGGCCUCUAUCAAGGACAGGUGCUCGUAAUAGAGCAGAAGAACCAGGAUGGCACGUGGCCCCGAGGCUCCAUGGCGUCCAAGUCAUCUGGCGCUUCCAAUCUCUCUGCUUUGCCAAAGAUCUCGCCUUCAUCUCUCACAAACAAUCAUAACAGCAGCUUCAACAGCAGGAAUGUUAAGAACUCCAGCUACGGUCUGCCCUCCUCGUACCCAACCUACAGCAACAGCUAUGAUUACUCGGAACAGAGCCGGCAGAGUGAGCGCUCGGGCCUCUGUGGGCUCUCCAACCUGGGAAACACCUGCUUCAUGAACUCUGCAGUGCAGUGUUUAAGCAAUAUCACCCCCCUGACGGAGUACUUCCUUAAAGACAAGUACAGAGACGAGCUGAACGAAGACAACCCCCUGGGCAUGAAGGGGGAGAUCGCCAGAGCCUACGCUGAGCUCAUCAAGCAGCUGUGGUCGGGCAAAUACAGCUACGUCACCCCGAGACCCUUCAAGACCCAAGUGGGGCGCUUUGCCCCGCAGUUCUCAGGCUACCAGCAGCAGGACUCUCAUGAGCUCCUAGCCUUCCUCCUGGACGGCCUUCACGAGGACCUCAACCGCAUCCGGAAGAAACCCUACAUCCAGCUCAAGGACGCCAACGGACGGCCGGACAAGGUGGUGGCCGAGGAAGCGUGGGAGAACCACAUUAAGAGGAACGACUCCAUCAUCGUGGACAUCUUCCACGGCCUCUUCAAGUCGACUUUGGUUUGUCCUGUGUGCGCCAAGGUCUCCGUGACCUUUGACCCGUUCUGCUACUUGACCCUGCCGCUUCCCAUGAAGAAAGAGCGGAGUCUGGAGGUGUACCUCGUCAGACUGGACCCAGUUGCUAAACCUACGCAGUACAAGCUGACCGUGCCAAAGGUCGGCUACAUCUCUGACCUCUGUACCUCCCUCUCCUGCCUGUCCGCCGUGCCUGCUGAGAAGAUGAUUGUAACCGACAUCUACAACCACCGUUUCCACCGGAUCUUUGCCACUAACGAAAACCUCAGCAGCAUCAUGGAGCGGGACGAUAUUUACGUCUUCGAGGUUGCAGUGAACAGGGUAGAAGACGCCGAUCACGUAGUAAUCCCCGUGCACUUGAGGGAAAAAUACAAGCAGUCGGGCUACAACCACACCAGCACGCCGCUGUUCGGACUGCCCUUCCUUAUUGCCGUCCCGAGAACACUAAGCGAAGACAAACUCUACAACAUGCUCCUCUCUCGCCUCUGCCGGUUCAUACGAUCUCCCGUAGAGGCAGACGAGGAGGACGGCGAAGAGACUCAACCGCCCACACAGCACACUAUCAACGGAAAUGCCACUAACGGACUGCUAGAGGAGGGCUCGCCAAGCGAGAUGGAGACAGACGAGCAGGACGACGAGUCGAGCCAGGAUCAGGAGCUGCCGUCUGAGAACGAGAACAGCCAGUCGGAAGAUUCUGUGGGAGGCGACAACGAGCUGGAGAACGGCGUGGUCGCGCCGCAGCUCUCCACUAAGGGCCAGCAAACGGCCGGCCUCAACAGAAAGAGGCUUUUCACAUUCCAGUUCAACAACAUGGGAAAAACGGACUUCUCUCUCAUCAAGGAGGACACCAAGCUGAUCCGCUUUGACGAGGGCCAUCUCAGACUGAGCGACCGCUCAUACCUGUCUUUGGACUGGGAACCAGAAAUCAAGAAAAAGUAUUUUGACGAGAGUGUUGUUGAGGACUAUGACAAGCACGAGAGCAUGGAGUACAAGCCUCAGAAGAAAGCCUUCUUCAAGUUGAAGGACUGCAUCGAGCUUUUCACUACCAAGGAGAAACUGGGAGCGGAGGAUCCCUGGUACUGUCCAAACUGCAAGCAGCAUCAGCAGGCCACCAAGAAGCUGGACUUGUGGUCUCUGCCGCCUGUCCUCGUGGUCCAUCUGAAGCGCUUCUCUUACAGUCGCUACAUGAGGGACAAGCUGGACUCGCUGGUCGACUUCCCACUCAGAGAUCUGGACAUGUCAGAGUUCCUGAUCAACCCCAACGCCGGGCCCUGUCGCUAUGACCUCAUCGCCGUGUCCAACCACUAUGGCGGGAUGGGAGGCGGCCAUUACACUGCAUAUGCCAAGAACAAAGAAGAUGGGAAGUGGUACAACUUCGAUGACAGUAGUGUGUCUCCUGCCAGCGAAGACCAAAUAGUGUCCAAAGCUGGCUAUGUGUUGUUCUACCAGCGCCAGGACACUGUUAAAGGCACAGGCUACUUUGCUCUCGACCGCGAGGAGGAGGAGGAGGAGGAGGAGGAGGAAGAGGAAGGUGAGGAUGAUGAGGAGAACGAAGCGGAAGAGCUGGUAGAAAGAAGGACUGUCUCGUCUUCUCAGGGUGCCUGCGCCGCUGCGCAAAGCGACGAGGAGGAAGAGCCAGUCCAGAACAAGGGCAGUAAAAAUGACAUCAACCAGGAGGAAGAGGAAGAAGAGGAGGAACAGGUAUCCAAUCGAGACAUUACCAUGAAAACCAACUGAGGUAAAUGCCUACAGGAACAAGUGGAGAGAGAGAGAGAAAGGAAUCUGUCCAUCAAAAAGCCAUAUGGACGCAUGGCGUGGCAGCGGGCGCCGCCGCUCCUGCCCGACGGCGCGGACUCAGCCGCCAGGACGACGACUGUUCGGUGGGGGGGGACGGGGCGGGGAGCGGAGCUGCCUCGGUACGCAACUCUAAGAAAUCAGGACCCUCAUGUGGGUGAAUCACUGUGUGUGUGCGUGUGUGUGUGUCUUUUUGAGCGAGUGUGUCGCCACGUUAACUCAUUAAACAUCUGCUGUGUGAACAGAACAAAGUGAGACCGAUGACGGCGCCAGCUAGAGGCACCGCGCUCUGAAUCUCCGCUUUUCUUUUUUUAAUCAUUUGAGCAGUGAAUUGUUUUGCAUAUCGUAUUAGUAUUAUUUCAAUUUUGUAAAUAUUUUAAAACACUGAACUGCAUUGAGUUUUCGCGAUGCGCUGAAACAGUUUUGAACUUGCACAAACACAACCCCUCCCAUUUCCUGGUAACGCCAGACAAACUGCAGCAGGUGCUUUUAGCGAAUCGACUCUCUGGUCUAUAAUCCAGGCUCUACGUAGACAAGCGACGCCCAUAGUUGUAUUCCUCAUCGUGAUUGGCUGAAUUUUAACUCCAAAAACGUGUUAAGAGAUGAAGCAGCCUGUGUUAGCCAAUCCUGUGCAUUCUUCUGCAGUAAACGUGCUAGAAAGAAAGUUCUACACUGCCAAUCUUCUCGUUAAUGUAUCUAUCUGAAGCUUUAGUCCUUUUCUAUAUUCUCCCGUCUUCAUCUUCAAGGUGUGCCGGGACUAAGAACCACAGACGCACCGAUCACAAUUUUUCGGCCCAUUUCCGAUAUUUUUUUCCCAAAGCUUUAGCCUGCUUCGACGUGAUUCUGGCUGAUUUUAAAUAUUUUAAGAUUCAGAAUAUUUCCUUCCUUCCAUCCUGUCAUGAGCAAACGCUAAUUAUCGAGCAGAGGUGACGUCACACCGUGUGUGAGAGCAGGCGCUGUAAAACAAGGCUUUACUCGUUUAAAACGGGACGAAAUGAUCGCACGGUUGACAUUUUAAACCGUCUUUAGCCUUAUUUAUAUUAGCAGUUAGCACGGCUAGCGCUCCCUGUGUAUUCCCUAUAGAUUGUGGAUGUGUAACAAACUAACUUUAUUCCUGUUAUCUUCGUCUUUGUCACACAUCCGUUUGCUCCCUCUUAACUUUAAACAACCUAACUAACACUACUAAAGAAUAACUUCACAUUAUGUGUUUACUGACCAAAAGAAAAGGUAACAUUUCUUAUUUUGUUGUUUUGCUACCAAGUUCUAAGGAAUCGGUGCUGAAUAAUCGUCCGAUUCCUGCGUUCAUCCAUUUUUUUUCUCGCAGACGUUUGAUGCAUCGUCCAUCGUUGAAAUCACCUCGGCCUUAACUUUGAAAUGUGAAACCAGUCGCCUUGUUGUUCGCACGACGACCCCCCCCUCCUCAACCACCACUUCUCACGUCAAAAACGUCGCGUGACGAAUGUCCGUUCCGUUCUUGCUUGCUGCCGUGUCGCGUCCGCAUCGCCUCAGAGUCUCGUCUUUUUAACCCACAAGAGGGCCAGAAUGUACCGUGAACUGAAUGAACAAAGACCACACGUAAGUGAAUGAUGCCUUUCGGUUUACGAAUUUUCCCCCACGUUAUUUUUUUUCCCGGCCCUCUCUUGUGCUUUCUGUUAACAGGUUCACCGCCUUUGAUGCUGGCUGUAUGAAUUUCUGGGAAAAUAUUAUAUUUCUCUGCGCGCGCGCGUGUGUGUGUGUGUGUGUGUAUGUAUGUGUGUGCUUCUUUGAUUUGAAGCAGGGAAACAGGGGAGGUGGGCGGGUGGGUGGGUUGGUGGGAAUCAACCGAAAACAGUGGGGUGAGUCGGCCUAACCCACCUUUCGGCUUGUAGGACCAUGACGCAGUGGAAUUAUAUCGUGGCAGGAUAAUCGUCCAUCCGUGUGAAUCCUUUUGAAGCCGUUCUUUGCGACGCGAGUGCUUUGUUGCAGACAACAUCCACACACACCUGUUCUUGCCUCAGAGUAGAAGACCACGCCUUUACGAGCAUUUUUGUGCUUCGGCUUCAACGGGCCGCCUCGUGUUUUUUUUUUUUGUGGCUUUUUUUUUUUUGCCUUUAGGACGACUCACCCCAUCCGGACUGAUGGCUUCAAUAGGCUUAUAUGAUAUUGUACAGAAGAGUUCACUCUGUGAGUGCACAUUUGAUAAAGUUUAUUUAUUUAUAUGUAAGCAUUUAAUAAUGAACAGACAAUAUAUUUAAAACCUUGGCAAGACCCGGAUGAGUCGGGGCAUUCAGUUAUACAAUAGUUUGCAAACUCUUGUCCAGGGAGGGAAUAUUUUUUUUUAAAAUGAUUUUUUUUUUAUUGAUUUUUUUUUCGCUGUUGUUUUUUGGGAGUUUUUUGUUUUGUUUUGUAAAAAUAAUUCAGAUGUUCUUGCAUGAUGAUGUAUGGAGGUUUCCAGGUUUGGCUGCACUUGAGUUCACUUGGGUUUACAUUUGAAUUGUGCAUGUGUAUUUAUACACAAUCUACAAUAAAGUUGUGUAAAGCGUC